CGUGUGCGUGUUCGUGUGUGUGUGUGUGUGUGUGUGUGUGUGUGUCCGCCUGUGUGUCGGUAAGCGUUGAUUCACAGCAGAGUGUCGAAGUUAGUGUGAGCGCCGAAGCCGCUGCCUCGGCCGUUUCGGAGAAUUCAACAGAUUCAUGACAGCGGGUCGGAGCUAGCGGCGUUAACUUAACCCGUCCGCCGGUGGAAAUGAUCGAGUGACUUGAGCAGUGUAUGUGCUUGGACGUGAUGGCAGAGCUCCCGUCUGGACUGCUGGAGGCGUGUGUAGUGGUUGGGGCCCCCAGUGAUAAGAUUCGAGACAUAUACCAGCUUCAUCAACAGAGUAAGUUAAAUGAACACCCAUUGCUGGAAGCAGAGGUACUGCAGGUCCAUGCACCUCCCUUUGUUUCCAAGGAGACCAACUCCAGCCAGGCGAUUGGUCCAGCUUUCAGCCGUGUCCAGCGGCGGAGAAGCUUCAUCAAGAAGAAGAGGCGAGACCGUGCUGCAGAGUCAAUAUCUAAUGGAGGUACAGCCAAUCGUGCUGAAGUGUCGUCAGCGACAGAGGACAUCAGUGUUCCAAAGGAUCUGGACCUCAUUGCCUUGCCGCAGCUAUGUUUCCCUGGUGGUCUUCAGUUAGCCAAUGAGCAGAGGGAAGACAGUUAUCACUUCCUGGUUUUUACUGACUUGUUUGGGAACCGAACCCACGGAGUUGUUUUGCAGUACUACAGAGCUGUACAGUCCUGUCAGGAAGGUGUUGUCCAGAAUGGCCACAGGUGGAAUUCAUCCAAGACCCGUCUCUACACACCUUUUGCUGUGUGUGUCAUCUCCAAGUUCCCCUACUACAAUGCUCUGAGAGACUGCUUGUCGUGUCUCCUGGUCCAAUUGCGGCCUGCAAGACAAGCCGACUUUGAGGAGACAGUCAAGGAGUUUUCAGCCAAGCUGUCACUGGUCCCUUUACCACCUCCCGGACAGCUACAUGUGUCCUUCAGCCUCCGUCCUCUUCAGGUGAUUCUUCCAUCCAGGGAUGAUCAGGACAGCCCAGUUAUCGACAUCGACCUGCAUCUACCUUUCCUCUGUUUCCCGCUUCCAUCACUCCUCCAGGUGCUAUCCUGCCUUCUUCAAGAACAGAGGCUGGUCUUCUUCUCAUCUGACUGGGCUAGACUCACUCUGGUUGCCGAGAGUCUGCUAUUGUACCUGCAGCCUCUGUCCUGGCAGCAGCCCUAUGUUCCCGUCUUGGCGAGAGGAAUGUUGGACUUCCUCAUGGCUCCUACUGCCUUCCUCAUGGGCUGUCACAUCAGUCACUUUGAAGAGGUUGCUGCUGAGACAGAGGACCUAAUCCUGGUGAAUGUUGAUGAUGGCAUCAUUCAAUCAUCUUGGUCUGAAACCACUGACCUACCAGCUAUCCCUCUGUCUGCAGCUGAGACCUUUAUGUCAAGGGCAGAGUGUCUCCAGCUUCAUUAUGACUUGGAGCUGUGUCACCUCGGAGCGGGCACGGAUGCCAACGCCCUGCGGUGCCAACGCAGAGACUGGCAGAGACGACUCAACACGCAGAUACAAAACAUCACCCUGGAACUAGUGGUCAACAUUUUCCGAGGCGUCCAGGACUUUCUAAACCAUGAACACAGAGUUUUUAACAGUGAGGAGUUUCUGAGGACAAGGGAGCCAGCAGACCACUCCUUUUACAAGAAGGUAUUAGAAACUCACAUCUUCCACUCAUUCCUGCGAGACAGGCUAAACAGGAAACGGGACACCUUCAGCCGCAUGGAGCAGAACACACGUAACAAUGCACACAGGAAUCGUGCAAUGACAGAUUCUCCUCGGCGUCCUCCCAUGUCUGAACUGUCCAGGACUGGCUACAGCAGCUACACCAGCCCUGAUAACAGGCUGAGCAAGAGGCUGGGAGCCAGCCUGCCUAACCUGGAGCAACCUGCAAAUGACACUAUGAGUGCUAUCAGCUGCAGCAGGCCAGCCUCCCUCAGAAAGAUGACUCCUGAUAUUGGGUUGACGUCUCCUCGGAAAGCGUUAAAGGUUUUCCGUCUCCCAGACUUCCCCCCUCCUUUGGCCUAUCAUUAUGUACAGAACUAUUAUUCUGACAUGGUGCAUUCACUGGGGAAGGCUAUUAACACCACACCACCUGAGGAGUCUGCUCUGCUGGCCAGGUACCACUACCUGCGCGGUUUGGUAAACACUGUGUCCAACAGGCGUCUGGAUGCAUUGGAAGACUUCCAGAGUCUCUAUAAGACAGACUCAGACAUCUUCCCCUCUCAGAUGGUGAAGUCAUUGGUCGACUCUCUGCCGGAGGGUGAACGGUUACAGGCAGACAGACGUCCGGAGCUCAAACGGCUCAUCAGCCGGGUUAAGAGGGACCAGGAACGGGAACGUGCACGCCACGGCAGCGGGCAUGAGGAAGGUGCCGUGAAGCGCUUCCAGCUGCCAAAAACAUACAUGCAGCUGGAGGAGUUUGUGAAAAGUGUCCAGGAGUCCGGCAUUGUGAAAGACCAAGGGACCAUACACAGACUCUUUGAUGCUAUAACUGUUGGUCAUCAGAAGCAGGUUGGUCCAGAGUUGUUCAGGGUCUUUUACACCAUCUGGAAGGAGACUGAAGCUGAAGCACAGGAGGUGUGCUUGCCUGCGUCUGUGUUGGAGCACAUUGAACCCAACGAGUGCGUCUUUAAGCUGUCCUCCUCGGUCAAGACGAGUCGUGGUGUGGGGAAGAUCGCCAUGACUCAGCGACGGCUCUUCCUGCUGACCGACGGACGACCAGGAUACGUGGAGGUGGCACAGUAUCGAGAUUUAGAGGAGGUCAAGGUGUCCUCGGCUCCCUUUCUACUCUUGCGAAUCCCCAGCCUGAAGCUGCGUGUUCGGGGCAGGAAGGAGGCAUUUGAGGCCAAUCUGAAAACAGAGACUGAGCUCUGGAACCUGAUGGUCAAAGAGAUGUGGGCUGGACGCAACAUGGCUGACCAACACAAGGACCCCCAGUACAUGCAGCAGGCUCUGACCAAUGCCUUGUUAAUGGAUGCAGUAGUGGGCAGCCUGCAAAGCAGUAAAGCCAUCUACGCUGCUUCUAAGCUGGCUCACUUUGACCGCAUCAAGAUGGAAGUCCCGAUGAUGGUUCCCAAGACAACUGCUGAGACGCUAAAGCACAAAAUUAACCCUUCGCUGGAACUCGCCGCACCUCAGCCUGUGGAUGUACUUUUAUACACACCAGGUCAGUUGUGGGUGUCUGUGAGUGGAGGGAAGGUGAUGGUGUUUGAUGCCUCCAGCUGGUCCCUCACACACACCUGUCAUGUUGGGAAUGCAAGACUGAACUGUAUGCUGGGAGUUGACAAGGAUCAGGUCUGGAUGGGCUCUGAGGACUCAGUUAUCUACAUCAUCAGCAUGGUGGCCAUGGUGUGUAACAGACAGCUGACUGAACACAGGGCGGAGGUCACCGGACUGGCGCUUGACACAGACAAAUACAGCCAGAAGGUGGCGUACUCCUGCAGUGCAGAGGGAAGCGUGAUGGUAUGGGACGUAUCGACACUACAGGUCAAGAGGCACUUUCGCCUCUCCUGCGAUCGUCUGCAGUCCGUCUACAGCUGGAACGGCAUGCUGUGGUGCUGCUCCAGGGACAGUAUAAUGGAGGUGUGGAGGAGUGGUUCACUGAAACAUCGUCAGACUCUACCAGAGCAACAAAGAGGAUCCACAGCUACAUUCAGCUCUAUACUGCUGUUACCUGAGAGGGAGGAGCUGUGGAGCGCGUGUGUAGACUCAGGAGAAGUGUGUAUUUGGUAUAUUAAGGACCCUACCAAACCUUUCCACCGCUUGGCCCUACAGGACUGCGCCGGAUGUUACUGCAUGAUUAAAGUUAAAAAUCAGGUGUGGGUUGGUGGUGUGGGCCGCAGUUCUACCAAAGGGAAGAUUUACAUCCUGGACACAGAGGGCCACCAGGUCCUGAAGGAGCUUCACGGCCACAAUGACAAGGUGACGGCGCUCUGCUCCGCUGAGGACCGGUACAUCCUCAGCGGCGCUGGCAAACAUGAUGGAAAGGUCGCCAUCUGGAAGGUGGAGUAGAGCGGUUUUUACUGACUGGAAAUGGACAAAGUAACUCUGUUGAAACUUUUCCGGGAUGCCCCUGUGACUUGCCAAAGGACCCCGGGUCUAGAAUCUGUGGGGAAAAAGAGUGAAGAUCUGUGGGAAUCCAAUUCACAACCUCGACCUGCGGCUGCGUCACUGAGAUAUGAAGGAAUCACAGGUCAAUCGUGAAGCAACAAGUUUACAUAAAGUGUCACCAACUGAGCAGCUUCCCUUGUCUGCUUUGAAAUGGUGAUUUGCAGUUUGAAAUACUGACAGUACUUACACUUAUUGUUAUUAUUAUUAUUAUUCUAUUGUUAUUGUAUUUUUUAAUUAUUUUUGGCCAUAUGAAGGAGAAAUGAAGACUGAAAAAGGAAAAGUGGGAGCAAGUUCCGCUGGACAUUUUUUAAAAAUCCGACGUUCUGAAGGUUUAUACAUUUUUCGGAUUUAUAGUCAUACCAUGCUUUGUGUAAUGCUGUACCCUGUUUAAUGUAAGUUUAAUCACGCUAGUGUUAUUUGGGAACAUCAUGUGACUGAGCCUCGCCUCCGGCUGUGUAUUUUAGGCAUUCCUGAACUACCCUGAAAUCAAAACUGUCACCGGAGAGUUCACCAUUGCUGCGGAGAAGCCCCUGAUGAAGGUUCAUUUAGAUGGAAGUGAUGCUUUAAUGGACAACGUAUGGCGGAGAGCAAUGGGAAACAUGGUGAAAGACGAUAUAAAGUCGGGAGCUGGACACACUGUGAUGCACAGUGAGGUGCGUUUAGGUGCAACUCAAGGAAGUCCUACAACGACUGGAAUUUUCCGGCAAAUAAAAACAGAAGAUAAGGACUAAACCCCACAGUACUUAAAAAGCCAGAGACUUACCUCAUUGUUAGACAAAGUUUCUAUAUUUUUCUCUAUUUAUUUCCCGACAAGUACAGUUUAAUCUGUGUUACCGACCAGUUGGUUUUAAUAAGGACGAUUUUUGUUAUUAUACACAAACUUACAGAGGAUUUGAAAGGUCCUAGGCAAGGAAAUCAACCAAAAAACAAGUCCACGUUCCUGGAUAUAAAAUGCCUUGUGCAUCUUAAACGUUUAGUUAUUUAUAAUUUUGAGGAAAAAGACAGAGCAAUAAAAAUUCCCCAUGUUAAUUCUGUGUUCUGUACAUUUUAUAAGGUUAUUUUUACAAUAGUGUAAUUUGUAUUAACAAAGGGAAACUGGACAGACUAAUGUUAUAGAUUCUUUACAUAUGGAGAACAUUAAGUUUUCUUACCUUUUACUUUCCCGGUCUUUCAUAGCAUUUUGUCUCCAAAAAGUCAACUUUCUGUGUCUCUUGAAAAAUCAGAGUUCAGAAGAAGGUGCAAAUAUUAUUAUAAUAAUUUUUUUUCCCAUUUUUAAUAAGUCAUUAUUAGUGGGAUGUGAACAACAAUACUACAUUUACGAGACAAGGUCACCUGAGGUUCAAUGAAAGAUUCAACUCAUCAGUUAUUGUAUUUGCACAGUGUAUAUAACUGCUGAACAUGAAUAUGAUAUAUAUUUCUUUUGUAAACUAAACUGAUGACAAUACAACAACCGAUCAUUGUAUUUGUAUGG